ACUCUCCAGAUACACAAACCUCCUCGACACUCAAUCCACAAUGUCUGCAGACACCGUUGGAAAGACAAUCACCUGCAAGGCCGCAGUAGCCUGGGAAGCCGGCAAGGACCUUUCCAUCGAGGAGAUCGAGGUCCUGCCGCCCCGCGCGCACGAAGUCCGUAUCCAGAUCUACUACACUGGUGUCUGCCAUACCGAUGCCUACACACUCUCUGGCAAGGACCCUGAGGGUGCUUUCCCCAUUGUCCUUGGACACGAGGGUGCCGGUUAUGUCGAGUCAGUCGGCGAGGGCGUCACCAAUGUAAAGCCAGGCGACCACGUCGUUGCGCUAUACACCCCAGAAUGCAAGGAGUGCAAGUUCUGCAAGUCCGGCAAGACCAACCUGUGCGGAAAGAUCCGUGCCACACAAGGAAAGGGUGUCAUGCCUGACGGCACAUCACGCUUCAGGUGCAAGGGCAAGGACCUCCUCCACUUCAUGGGAACAUCCACUUUCUCCCAAUAUACCGUUGUCGCCGACAUCUCGGUCGUUGCCAUUACCGAGAACGCCCCCAUGGACCGCACCUGUCUGCUUGGCUGUGGUAUCACCACCGGUUACGGAGCUGCAACCAUCACUGCCGGCCGAGGUGGUGUCGAGGCUGGAUCUAACGUUGCUGUUUUCGGUGCCGGCUGUGUUGGUUUGUCAGUCAUUCAGGGAGCCGCCAAGAAUAAGGCUGGCAUGAUCAUCGUAGUCGAUGUCAACGAUGCCAAGGAGGAGUGGUCAAAGAAGUUUGGCGCAACACACUUUGUCAACCCCACCAAGCUCGGCAAACAGAGCAUCCAGGAGAAGCUUAUUGAAAUGACCGAUGGCGGUUGCGACUACACCUUUGACUGCACAGGUAACGUCAACGUCAUGCGCGCUGCUCUCGAGGCCUGCCACAAGGGCUGGGGAGAGUCCAUCAUCAUUGGUGUUGCCGCCGCCGGCCAGGAGAUCUCCACCCGUCCCUUCCAGCUUGUCACUGGUCGUGUAUGGAAGGGAUGCGCUUUCGGCGGUGUCAAGGGUCGCAGCCAGCUUCCCGGCCUCGUAUCCGACUACCUGCAGGGUAACCUCAAGGUCGACGAGUUCAUCACUCACCGCCAGCCACUCGACAAGAUCAACCAGGCCUUUGGUGACAUGAAGGCUGGUGACUGCAUUCGCUGCGUCGUUAACAUGCGCGAGUAAUUGCAUUCAAUGCUUCCAGGUCAAGUCAUGAAAUUCAAGCUCUAAUAGUUUGAGCGAUGUAUACCUUUGUUUUCCUUUCCUUUUUUUCUAUACCAAAACACGGCGUGCUGCUGGAGACUAGACGAGCGGUGCAUGGCGAGGUGUUGGCGGUAGAGGUGAUGAUGAGCAUGAGAUGGCGUUGAAGUUUUUGUUGUAGACGCUUGGAGACAUCUGACUUGGGGUGUGAUGUAUGUAUCUACCUAUAAAAGACAAAAAUAAAAAGUAAUGGGUAACUCGAU